CCUCUAACUGUUGGCCCCAAAAGUUUUUUUCUUGAGUCAAUGAGAAGGUCACUGAAGUUGUGCCGCCCUCCACCCGACAGGACGUAAACAUCUGACCUCUCCUCAUUAAGGUAAAAUGGAGGAUUCCUCAGAACCAUCUCAUUGGGUGUCUUCAUCACUGCUGGGCUCAGAUCCUCUGGUGGCCUUCUCCUCCGAGUCUAGUCUGCUACCACCAGGAGAAAACAGCGAUGCCUUCUUCUCCUGCCAGGACGCAGAUUACACCAGCCUAUCGUCCUUCUUCUCCAGUCCAAGUCCGAGUCGAGCAGCGUCCACCUACAGACACAGCUCAGUCCGCCAGGUGUUCUCCUCGCCGAGUCUCCUCAGUAACUUCCAGCUGCUGGACGGGCCCACCAGUCCCUCACCCUACGGCCCUGCACCCGGCACCUGGACCAGCAGUCCUCUGACCAAAACCGCACUCCCGACAUCUUCAUACCCGGGGGUGUCCUCCUCCAACCCCACCAGAGAAGGAUACUCGUCUCCGAGCGGGGGGAGCAGGGAGAGCCCCCAGCCCCAGGAGGCCCUCAAGGCCGAGCGUAUGAGCCCGUUGGGGGGGUCCACGUCCUGCGGCAGUUUUCUAAAUCUAACCCCUGCUGUUGGGGGCCUGUACACGCCGUCGCCCCACCCUCACCCCCACCCCCACAUGCUGAACCCUUACGGCUCCUACAUGGCGGCCUCUCAGGACUACGGAGCAGCCGGAUACUACGGCAACCCGGGGGCCUGGAUGAGCCCCUCGUUCUCGCCGAAACUUCGCAGCAAGAUGAGAAUAUCCACACCGGAGGCACGAGAGUGUGUUAACUGCGGAGCGACAGCGACCCCCCUGUGGCGUCGUGAUGGUACAGGCCACUAUCUUUGCAAUGCCUGUGGACUGUACCAUAAAAUGAACGGCCAGAACCGACCCCUGAUCCGACCCAAGAAGAGACUGAUCGUUAGCAAGCGGGCGGGAACGCUGUGCGCCAACUGUCACACCAGCACGACAACGCUGUGGCGACGCAAUGCAAACGGCGAGCCCGUGUGCAACGCGUGCGGACUCUACUUUAAACUACACAAUGUUAACCGACCCCUCACCAUGAAGAAAGAUGGCAUCCAAACCCGCAACAGGAAAGUGUCGAAUAAGAACAAGAAGAGCAAGAAGGCGGCCAUGUUGGAGACGUUUGCAGAAGUCCCCCAGACGCCUUCCAUGGAGGACACCGGGGGGCCCUUCGCCCUCAGCCCCUCCACUCUUCUGACCUACAGCCACGCACCGCACUUCGUGGCGAGCCAGCCGCACCUGCACGCCGCCGCCCCUUUGCCGUACACGCACCACCACAGCGCCGGCAUGGUGCCCACUUUGGUGUGACGGAGGUCCGCCGGUCACGUAAACGCACAAACUUGAUGUCCUUUUCUAUCACUUAUGGUCUUAUGGUAUGUGUAUAUGCUCAGCGUGUCAUGGCGUCUGAAUUACAGGCAAACGAAUAAAAUAUGAGAAUCGAUUCAGGAUGGUUGUGGACUCACUGAAAUGAUUCGUUCACUAAACUCUCAUUGUUGACUUUGGUUCAUUCAUUCAUUUUUUACCGCUUAAUUAGGGUCGCGGGGGGUGCUGGAGCCUAUUUCAGCUGCCUUCCAGCCGGGAGGCAGGGUCCACCCUGGACUGGUGGCCAGCCAAUCACAGGGCACAUAUAGACAAACAACCAUUCACACUCACAUUCAUACCUAUGGACAAUUUGGAGUGGCUAAUUAACCUAGCAUGUUUUUGGAAUGUGGGAGGAAACCGGAGGAAACCCACGCAGUCCAGGGUGUACCCCGCCUCUCGCCCGAAGACAGCUGUGAUAGGCUCCAGCACCCCCGCGACCCUCGUGAGGAAAAGCGGUAGAAAAUGAAUGAAUGAAAAACAAAAACUUAAGCUAUAUUAGGAAAGCAGGAAGUGAACAAAUGUAACAGUUAGUGAUUGUAAAAGUACCAGAUGGAGGGGUAGGAUUUAAUAAGCUUUGCUUCUUCCUACUCCUUUUGGACAUGUGGAACUGGGAACUGAUUAUGGGAUGCUCUCAAUUGGAAUCUGAUGCAUGUUCAAAUGAAAUAAAAUUACCAUUACCAUUACCAUUACCAUUACCAUUACCAUUACCAUUACCAUUACAUUACCAUUACAUUACCAUUACCAUUACAUUACCAUUACAUUACCAUUUCCAUUACCAUUACCAUUACAUUACCAUUACAUUACCAUUUCCAUUACCAUUACCAUUACAUUACCAUUUCCAUUACCAUUUCCAUUACCAUUACCAUUACAUUACCAUUACCAUUUCCAUUACCAUUACAUUAACAUUUCCAUUACCAUUACCAUUACAUUUCCAUUACCAUUUCCAUUACCAUUUCCAUUACCAUUACCAUUACCAUUAAAUUACCAUUUCCAUUACCAUUACCAUUACCAUUACAUUACCAUUACAUUACCAUUACAUUACCAUUACAUUACCAUUUCCAUUACCAUUACCAUUACCAUUACCAUUACCAUUACCAUUACCAUUUCCAUUUCCAUUACCAUUUCCAUUACCAUUACCAUUACCAAGAUUCUGGCUUUGAAAGAUGAUCUUAUGAUGAUCAGUGGACGAUCAGCCUA